AUGGCUGAAGUAGAUGCGCUGAUCAUCGGCGCGGGGCUCGCUGGCCUCACUGCAGCGCGAGUGCUGAACGCUUUCGGUGCGAGUACCCUGAUCCUGGAGGCACGAGCACGGCCCGGGGGCCGCGCCAGCACGGUGCAGCUGGGCUCGGCUGAGCUGGAGCCGCAGCCGGUGGAAGAGGGCUGCAACUACUUGCACGGCUGCAGCGAAGAGCAUCCGCUUUUUCUCCUGGCUGCCCGCCUGGGCGUGCCGUCAGCCACUGCGGCGGGCGACCUGGGAUGUCAGUACAGUGGCUGGGAGUCUGCAGAAGUGGCAGAGUGGCGCGAUCCAGACCGAGGGGGCGAGGAGAUCCCUGUGGAAGAAGUGCUGGACGCUGCCCUGCUCCUGCAGCAGGUCACUUAUGGCGUGGCCUUCCUGGCCCAAGGCUUGGACGCAGCCAAAGACGAAGCUGCACCAUCCUUGGAAGAGCUGUUCGAACAGGCCCUGAAGGAGAGAUCCUGGAGCGGCGGCACCGAGCGGGGUGCCGAAGCCAGCCACAGCUGA